AUGGUCUCUAGGCCAACCUUCAGUUCCCCACUCUGCCCACCAGAAUUCACCCUGGGUGGGACGGGCAGGAGUCUGGAAGGAGUCAAGGACGGACUCAAAGGCAAGACAUGUCCUCCUGUGAGGAAGAAGGAGGGAGGGGCGCCGCCUGCCCAGCGCCCCCCUCAGGGGCCCGCGGCGCCGGGAGCAGCCCGGCCCGGAGCGCGCGGGGCGCCAAGAGCCCGGGCCGCGCCGGACGCCGUGGCCGCGCGCGUGGAGCGGCGGCCGGGCGGCCUCCCCGCCUUCACCCGCGACGAUUCCGAGGCCGACCGGCGCCGAGGGGCGAGCGGCGGCUGCCGGCUGUCCCAGGCGCCGCAGCAGCGCUGGCGAACCGAGUGCGCCGUCGAGAGUUCCUCGUCCUCCCGCCCGAGCCCCCAGGCCCCCGCCUGCCUGCCCGCCCGACCCCGCUCCUUUCGCCGAGCUCUUUCAGUUCCUUUAGGGGAGGGGAAACUGAGGCACAGCCUGCCUCUUUCCGUCGUCUCUGAAAUACGCUCGGCUCUGUCUGUGGACCCAGACCUGUUUGUUGAAAUCCACGGAGGUCAAAACUCUGAUGUGAAUUGCCUCAUUGAAGAAGCAGCCCAAAUGGAGAAGAUCAAGUUUCAGCACAAUGUUUGCAGGCAGCCCCUGGGUGUUGUGAUGGAGUUCAUGGCCAACGGCUCCCUGGAGAAGAUGCUUCCCACUCACAGCCUCGGCUGGCAGCUCAAGGUCUGCACCAUCCAUGAGACCAGCCUGACCAUGAACUUCCUCCACAGCAUUAAGCCACCGCUGCUCCAUCUGGACCUCAAGCCAGGCAACAUCCUCCUGGACAGCUGCCUGCAUGUCAAGGUUUCAGACUUUGGCCUGUCCAAGAGGAUGGAGCAGUCGACCUGGAUGCAGUGCAUCAAGAGGUCAGCUCUGCAGGGCACCCUCAGCUACAGCCCCCCUGAGAUGUUUCUGGAGAGUAACAAGGGCCUAGGGCCCAAAUACGACAUGUACAGCUUCGGGAUUGUAAUCUGGGAGAUCCUCGCUCAGAAGAAGCCAUAUCCAGGCUUCAACGUCAUGACCAUCAUCACCCAAGUGGCCACAGGCAGGCGGCCCUCCCUGCAGCCUGUCUCAGAUAAGUCCCAGCAGAUGGUGGACCUGAUGAGGCCCUGCUGGGACCAGGAGCCCAAGAAGAGGCCCUGCUUUCCAGAUAUCAUAGCGGAGACAGACAUGCUGCUUUCGCUGCUCCAGAGUCCGGUGGCCCACCGUGAGAGGGAGGCGUUGGCCGGGAAAAUGUCCUGCGCAGCGGCCAACUCAGGAGACUAUUUGAAGUGGGUCCUGCGUCUCUCAGACAGUGAAAGCCUGGUCCCUAGCGAUGAGCAGGUGUGCAGCUAUGAGAACAAGGUCACCCUCCACUUCCUGGUGGCCUGGGGCCUCCUGGAGGGGGUGAGGCUGCUGCUGGCCCACGAGGUGGAUGUGGACCGCCAGACAGCCUGCGGCUACACGCCCCUCCUUAUCGCUGCCCAGGACCAGCAGGACGACUUCUGCACCCCACUCCUGGAGCACAGCGCUGACGCCCACCUGGCAGAUGAGGACAGCUGGGCCCCCUUGCACUUUGCAGCCCAGAAUGGGGAUGACCACUCUGCCCAUCCGCUCCUGGACCAAGAGAACUGUGAUGCCCAGGAGCAUGAGGGGUACCCACUCCACCUGGCUGCACAGAACAACCCUGAGAAUGUGGCCUGGCUUCUGGUCUCCCAUCAAGCUGACCCCAACCUGCGAGAGGCUGAGGGCAAGACCCCUCUCCACGUGGCCGCCUACUUUGGCCACAUCAGCCUGGUCAAGCUGCCGACAGCCCAGGGGGCAGAGUUGGAUGCUCAGCAGAGAAACCUAAGGCCACUGCACCUCACAGUGGAGAGAGGCAAAGUGAGGGCCACCCAACAUCUGUUAGAAAGUGGGGCGGCCCCUGAUGCCCUCGACCAGAACAGCCCACUGCCCGCCGCGGGUGCCAGGGGCAAGUACCUUAUCUGCAAGAUGUUGCUCGGGUAUGGGGCCAUCCUGGAGCUGCCGACCCAGCAGGGCUGGACACCCCCACAUCUAGCAGCCUACAAGGGCCACCUGGAGAUCAUCCACCUGCUGGCUGAGAGCCAGGCAGACGUGGGGGCUCCUAGAGGCAUGAACUGGAUCCCCCUGCACCUGGCUGCCCACCACAAGGCGGAGGUGGUGGUGUCCACCCUGCUGAAAUGUGGGGCUGACUGCAAUGCAGCCGAGCAGUCAGGCUGGACACCCCUUCACCUAGCAGUCCAGAGCUGGGCCUUCCUGAGCAUCAUCCACCUCCUGGAGCACCGUGCGGAUGUCCAUGCCUGCAAUAAGGUGGGCUGGCCCCCUGCCCAUCUGGCCGCCCUGAAGGGAAACAUGGCCAUCUUCAAAGUGCCGGUCAAGGCUGGCACCCAGCUCGACAUCCAGGAAGGGGUUGGUUGCACACCCCUGCAGCUGGCCCUCCAGAGCCAGAAGCAGGACAUUGUUGCCUUCCCAGAGGGCAGGAAGCCCUCAUUGGCCAUUCUGGGCAGAGCUGAGCCAGGAGCGCAGAUGGAAGUUUAG